GAGGAGGAGGAGGAGGAGGAAGAAGAGAAAGAAGCAGGGGAGGGAAAGGAGGAGGAGGGAGCCGGGGCGCGGGAGGGCCGCGCGCUCUCCAUCACUCCAGUCCCCCCCUAACCCUAGCCCCUGCGGCCGCUGCUGGUCCCGGGGCUCGGCCAGCUCCGUGCCGCUGCCCACACUAUGCAUGCGGAUUGCAGGCCGGGAUGGAGAGCCGGGGGUUGGUGAGAAUCCAGCGCAGCUUGUUGUCGUCUCUUCCCCUGGUCCGGUUCUCGGUCCGGGUCCCGGCCCGGGCGGCAGCCUUCUUCAUCUCCCCCUCUCACUCCUCCUCCUCUUCUUUUUCCACUCCUCUCUUUAUCCUCCUGGUACUUCUGCUGCUGCUUGAAGACACCGGAGCCCAACAAGGUGAUGGAUGUGGACAUACUGUAUUAGGUCCUGAAAGUGGAACUCUUACAUCGAUAAACUACCCACAUUCCUAUCCUAACAGCACAGUUUGUGAGUGGGAGAUCCGUGUGAAGACAGGGGAGAGAGUGCACAUCAAAUUUGGUGACUUUGACAUAGAGGAUUCAGAUUCUUGUCACUUUAAUUAUUUGAGAGUUUACAAUGGAAUUGGAUUCAGCAGGACUGAGAUAGGCAAAUACUGUGGUCUGGGAUUGCAAAUGAACCAUUCAAUUGAAUCAAAAAGCAAUGAAAUGACAGUGCUAUUCAUGAGUGGAACCCAUGUUUCUGGACGAGGAUUUUUGGCCUCCUACUCAGCUGUAAAUAAACCAGAUUUAAUUACUUGCCUGGAUACCGCAACUAAUUUUUUGGAGCCUGAGUUCAGUAAGUACUGUCCAGCAGGCUGCCUCAUUCCUUUUGCUGAGAUUUCUGGAACUAUUCCUCAUGGAUAUAGAGAUUCAUCUUCACUUUGCAUGGCUGGUAUACAUGCAGGAGUUGUGUCCAAUAAUCUGGGUGGCCAGAUCAGUGUUAUAAUCAGCAAAGGUAUACCCUACUAUGAAAGUUCUUUGGCUAAUAACGUCACAUCUGUAGUGGGACAGUUGUCUGCAAGUCUGUUUACCUUUAAAACUAGUGGCUGUUAUGGAACCCUGGGAAUGGAAUCUGGAGUAAUCUCUGAUUUUCAGAUAACCGCAUCAUCUGUGUGGACUGACUACACAGAGCAGCAGAAUAGUUGGAAACCUGAAAAGGCUAGACUGAAAAAACCUGGACCUCCUUGGGCUGCUAGUGUCACUAAUAAAUACCAGUGGUUACAGAUAGAUAUGAACAAGGAAAAGAAAAUAACAGGCAUUAUAACCACUGGAUCCACCAUGAUAGAACACAACUACUAUGUGUCUGCCUAUAAAAUUCUAUAUAGUGAUGAUGCACAGAAAUGGACAAUGUAUAGAGAACCUGGUAUUGAGCAGGAUAAGAUAUUUCAAGGAAAUACAGACUAUUACCAGGAUGUACGCAAUAACUUCAUCCCACCCAUUAUAGCACGUUUUGUUAGAAUUAAUCCUGUACAAUGGCAGCAAAAAAUUGCAAUGAAAGUGGAAUUGCUUGGAUGUCAGUUUAUUCCUAUAGGUCGUGCUCCAAAACUAACUCAGCCACCAUUUCCCCGGAACAACAAUGAUAUAAGAAACACAACAUUCACUUCAUAUGUAGCCAAAGGUCGUGCUCCAAAAUUCAAUCGACCACCACCUCGCCAUGGCAUUAACUUCCCUCUGCAAACUGAUCAAACAACAAUGACUCCAGAUAUCAAAAACACUACAGUAACUCCAAAUUUGACCAAAGAUGUAGCAUUGGCUGCUGUCCUAGUCCCUGUUCUGGUCAUGGUCCUCACUACCCUUAUCCUUAUCUUAGUUUGUGGUUGGCAUUGGAGAAACAGAAAGAAAAAAACAGAAGGAACAUAUGACUUACCAUAUUGGGACCGUGCAGGUUGGUGGAAAGGAAUGAAGCAGUUUUUCCCAGCCAAAACACUGGAACAUGAGGAAACUCCUGUUCGUUAUAGCAGCAGUGAAGUUAGUCACUUGAGACCAAGAGAAGUCACAUCUGUGUUACAGACUGAAACUGCAGAGUACGCUCAGCCUUUGGUGGGAGGAAUCGUCGGGACGCUCCAUCAGAGAUCCACCUUUAAACCAGAAGAAGGAAAAGAAGCAGGCUAUGCGGACCUCGAUCCUUAUAAUUCUCCGGUGCAAGAAGUUUAUCACGCCUAUGCCGAACCACUGCCCAUUACCGGGCCGGAGUACGCGACGCCAAUAAUCAUGGAUAUGUCGGGACACCCCGCAGCCUCCGGCGCAGCCCCCUCUACAUCCACCUUCAAGGCUCCCGGGAACAAAGCCCCUCCUUUAGUGGGGACUUACAACACCCUCUCUCGCACUGACAGCUGCCCUGUGGCCCGGGCAGAGUACGACACUCCAAAAGGAGGGAAGCCAGGACUGAGUGCCCCGGACGAAAUGAUGUACCAGGUACCCCAGGGCACGCUUCACACGGCCGGAAGCCGGGGGGAAGCAUCAGGGGCAGGGAGGGAAGGGGAAGGGGACGCUUUUAAAGAGAUCCUUUGAAGGUGAUGCCCCCUUUCCCAAAGCAUCAUUUUUAAAGCACAUUGAAUUUUUUUGUACUAGUCAUGAUAAUAUAUGAAAAAGUCUUACCUGUAUCUGUCACUGAGAUGAUUGAGGGCAAAUAUGGAAACUGAGGUACAGGAAACUACUCGUCUGGCCAUUUUGCUUGGAAGGUUUUAUACAGUCCUCAACAGAGGCUUCCCUAUUCAUGAUGUAAUAUCCUUGUUUUGUUACUACUGUAAAACACAAUAUUCUUUAUGUCGUAAGGAGAGCUCCUUCGAUGCACUUCAAAGAAUUUAAAAAUCACUGAGGUGAAA